AUGGAGCUUUUUGCCAUCUUUGCAUUCGCAACAUGCGGUGGGUAUUCUGGAGGACUGCGCCUCAGUGUGGACUGUGCAAACAAGACAGAGAGUGACCUCAACAUUGACAUAGCCUUUGCCUAUCCUUUCAGGUUGCAUCAGGUGAACUUCGAUGCACCCACCUGUGAAGGCAAACGACGGGAAAAGCUGUUUCUAAUCGGGGACUUCUCUUCCUCGGCGGAGUUCUUCGUCACAAUCGCGGUCUUUGCCUUCCUCUACUCGCUGGCAGCCACUGUGGUUUACAUCUUCUUCCAGAAUAAGUACCGUGAAAACAACCGGGGGCCUCUCGUUGACUUCAUCGUGACGGUGGUCUUCUCGUUCAUGUGGCUAGUGGGCUCCUCUGCUUGGGCCAAAGGACUGUCUGACCUCAAGGUUGCGACGGAUCCAGAUGAAGUGCUGUUACUGAUGUCCGCUUGCAAGCAGCAGACCAAUAAAUGCAUGCUGGUGCACCGCCCAGUCAUGUCCAGCCUAAACACCUCGGUCGUCUUUGGAUUCUUGAACUUUAUUCUCUGGGCAGGCAAUAUUUGGUUUGUUUUUAAGGAGACGGGCUGGCAUUCCUCAGGCAUGAGGCACCCUCCAGACACCAUGGAGAAACAAUCGAGCAGCUUUAACCAAGGUGGCUAUAAUCAAGACAACUACGGGCCAACUGGUGGGUAUAACCAACCAGCCAGCUACGGCCAGGUGGGUGAAUACAGCCAGCAGCAAAGCUAUAGUCAGAGCGGGCCGACUUCGUUUGCCAAUCAAAUUUAGCAUCCGCAGAGUUUGCAUUUUUGCCUCCGUUCGAUGUAGACAGUUUAACAACACUAAGGUUCAGUGGCACCAGAUUUUUAAAGAGUUUAAAUAAGUUAACACAACAGAGUGUUUCAUGUAAUUCAAGAUCUAA